AUGUCGUGGGAAUCAAUUGCGGCUACAAAGUGCCUGGCGCUGAAAAACUCCAUCCCAACCGAAUGGGUAAUUCCUGCCGCCAUCUUUCCCCCGGACGAUCAACUAGAUGUCACUACAUUCCCUCGGGAAUCUGGAAUGUUUACUGGGCGCGAACUGGAGAUCCUCUCAACGCCUGCCCCGAAGAUCCUAUCUCAUCUAUCUUCGGGGUCAUGGACGUCAGAAGAAGUGACUAAGGCUUUCUGUAAGACUGCAGCUGCAGCUCAACAAUUGACAAAUUGUUUGUCGGAAAUAUUCUUUGAUAAAGCCGUCACACAUGCCAAAGAGCUAGAUGCUUACUUCCAAGAAACUGGCAAGACAAAGGGACCUUUCCACGGGCUGCCGAUAUCUAUCAAGGAUAACAUCAACAUUAUUGGCUAUGAUACGACUAUUGGGUUUACGUCUCUUGCCAACAAGCCUGCCACUCACAAUAGUACAAUCAUCGACUCCCUUCUUGAAGCCGGGGCGGUGUUCUACUGCAAGACUAAUGUACCAACUGCCAUGAUGAUCGCCGAAACUGUGAACAACCUUUUUGGGCGCACGGUCAAUCCCUUGAAUCGAAAGCUCACUACCGGGGGCUCAAGUGGCGGAGAAUCUGCCUUGAUCGCGUUUGGGGGUAGUCGGAUUGGCAUCGGAAGUGAUAUCGGAGGCUCCCUUCGUAUGCCUGCUGCCUGCACAGGCCUCUUCACCAUUCGUCCCUCCUCCGGACGCUUCCCCAAUUUCCAAUCGCGUGCUUGCCUGGAAGGCCAGGAAUCCGUCAAUGGCGUCAGCGGUCCGAUGGCUAAGACACUUGAAGAAAUCGUUCUCUGGUCUAGUAUAGUAGUCGGUCAAAAGCCUUGGAUCCGUGACCCAAAGUGCGUCCCCAUCCCCUGGCGGUCUGUGGAAACGAAGAAAUCUCUCAAGAUAGCAGUUCUCUGGGAUGACGGAGUGGUUACUCCGACGCCUCCUGUUGCUCGUGCUCUGCAAGAAACCGUUGAACACUUGAUGACAGCUGGUCAUGAGAUUAUAAACUGGGCGCCGACUAAACACAUGGAGAUGCUUGGCCUACUCGGACGCCUAUUCCUUGCAGACGGAGGGAAGUCUGUACGAAAACUCCUGGAGCCGACGGGGGAGCCCUUUCGCCCGGAAAUGAAGCCUUAUGAAGAAGCAAAGGAGAUAAACGUGUACGGCCUAUGGCAAAUUCAUGUCAAUCGUAACGCUCUUUGCAAAUACUAUCUAGAUCGGUGGAACGAGGCUGGGAUUGACGCCAUUCUAAGUCCUACAACGCCUUACAGCAGCGUUGAGAAUGGAAAAUUCGAUUAUGCCGGGUAUACCUGUGUCUGGAACUUGCUUGACUACCCAGCCGUUUCGUUCCCCUGUGGUGUGAAUGCGGACAAGGAUAUCGAUACAGCGUAUGGCGAUCAUCAGGCACUGACUGACCUGGAUGCACAAGUACAAAGAAAUUGUAAGUGGUCAAUCCCAAAUUGA